AUGACCAGAGUUAAAUUUGCAGCGCUGGAAAGACGAGGAGCUGAAAACCUCGAAUUUAUUAUUAACCAGGAUGGUAUUGAGAAACUGAAUUGGCUUAACAAGACUUUCCCUCCUUCCCAGUGUGUGGAAAGUUGCCAGCCCGGAUCCAUCAAGGUGGCCCGUGAAAGUGAACCUGUUUGUUGCUACAAUUGUGUUCCUUGUGCAGAAGGGACCAUCUCUACUCAAGAAGAUGCAGAAAAAUGUACCAAGUGUCCAGAAGAUGAGCAUCCCAAUGAAGACCGAGAUCAAUGUGUCCCUAAAGUUAUAAGUUUUCUGUGCUAUCAAGAACAUUUAGGGAUCAUUUUAGCUUCUGUUUCCCUCUUUUUGUCAUUAACCACAGGCUUUGUGUUAGGAAUCUUCAUUAAAUUCCUAGAAACUCCCAUAGUCAAAGCCAACAACCGGGACCUUUCCUACAUCCUCCUUGUCUCCCUUCUGCUUUCCUUCUUGUCCUCCUUCCUCUUCAUUGGCCAGCCAAGAGAAGCCACCUGUCUUCUUCGACAAACAGCUUUCAGCAUCAUCUUCUCAGUUGCUGUCUCUUCUGUCUUGGCCAAAACAAUCACAGUUGUGCUGGCCUUCCUGGCCACAAAGCCAGGGAACCAGGUGAGGAGAUGGCUGGGGAAGAGUUUCACCAACAGCCUCAUUCUUGUCUGUUCUAGUGCCCAAAUUGUUCUGUGCUCCACUUGGUUAGGAGUAUCUCCUCCCUUUCCUGACUCUGAUAAGAACUCUCAGCCAGGAGAAAUCCUCCUGCAGUGCAAUGAAGGCUCUGUUGCCAUGUUUUAUGGUGCUCUUGGCUACAUGGGCUUCCUAGCUUCCAUCUGCUUUGUGGUGGCCUUCCUGGCCAGGAAGCUGCCUGGAUCCUUCAACGAAGCCAAGUUGAUCACCUUCAGCAUGCUGGUCUUCUGCAGUGUUUGGGUGUCCUUUGUGCCUACCUACCUGAGCACCAAGGGCAAGUACAUGGUGGCUGUGCAGAUCUUCUCCAUCUUGGCCUCUAGUGCUGGGCUGCUGGGCUGCAUCUUCCUCCCCAAGUGUUACAUUAUUCUGCUAAGGCCUGACCUGAAUACAAAGGAGCAUUUAAUGAUAAAAAUAAAAUAG